CGGCGAACUGGCCCGGUCACGUGACCCGCUGGUCAUGUGAGCCUCAGAGCGGAAGUCGGCUCAGCUGGAUGAUGGCGGCGGUGAACAACUGACUUUUCUAAGCGCGUCGGCAAAAACUGUCCAGUUUUAUCUCUGAUUCCACUUUUCCUCGAGCCGCUGGAGGAGUUUCAGCUGUAAGGUGAUAACAUGACUUUUAAUUAUUUUUUCUGACUUUCAGUGGGAGUAUUUUAAACCGGCAGCAGGAGGCGGAGAGACAACCGUCCUGAUUCAUCCUCCCAGCUGCAGCCAUGUCUCUGGGUCAGCGCUCGUCCGACUCGGCGCCGCUCUUCUCCUCCGACAGCGAGGCCGAGGCGCCGGAGGAGGCGGCCGGGCGGCAUGCGGGGGUCGAGGAGCCGGCCAGCGGCGUGUCAGACGUCCGCGCGCGGCUCAUCGUCUUCGUCCUCUGCUUCAUCAACCUGCUCAACUACAUGGACCGCUUCACCGUGGCAGGAGUUCUUCCAGACAUCGAGAACUACUUCCAGAUUGACGAUGGAAAGUCCGGCCUUUUGCAGACAGUUUUUAUCUGCAGCUACAUGGUGCUGGCUCCUGUGUUUGGUUACCUUGGCGACAGGUACAACAGGAAGUACAUCAUGUGCGGCGGCAUCGCCUUCUGGUCCGUAGUGACCCUGGCCAGCUCCUUCACCCCCCAGCAGCAUUUCUGGGCCCUGCUGCUGACCCGAGGCCUGGUCGGCGUGGGCGAGGCCAGCUACUCCACCAUCGCCCCCACCAUCAUCGCCGACCUCUACGUCCAGGAGAAGAGGACCAGCAUGCUCUCUGUCUUCUACUUUGCUAUCCCUGUGGGCAGCGGCCUGGGCUACAUCGUGGGGUCGCAGGUCAGCGUCCUGGCCCAGGACUGGCACUGGGCUCUGCGGGUGACCCCGGCGCUCGGCCUCAUCGCCGUCCUACUGCUGCUCUUUGUGGUUCGGGAGCCAAAGCGAGGCGCCGUGGAGGCGCGGCCCGAGCUGCACCAGACCAGCUGGCUGACCGACCUGCGUGUGCUCAGCAGGAACCGGAGCUUCAUCCUGUCCACUCUGGGUUUCACGGCCGUGGCGUUUGUGACGGGCUCCUUGGCGCUCUGGGCGCCGACCUUCCUGUUCAGAGCCGCCGUGUUCUCCGGGCAGAAGGCGCCGUGCGCGGACGAGGCCCACUGCGCCUCCUCAGAGAGCCUGAUCUUCGGCAUCAUCACCGUCAUCACCGGCGUGCUGGGCGUGUUCAGCGGCGUCCAGGUGAGUCGACGCCUGAGGAAGAAGACGCCCCGAGCCGACCCGUAUGUGUGCGCCGCCGGCCUGCUGCUGUCGGCGCCGUUCCUCUACCUGGCCAUCAUGUUCGCUCAGGGAAGCACCGCCGCCACAUACGUCUUCAUCUUCCUAGGAGAAACCUUCCUGUCCAUGAACUGGGCCAUCGUUGCCGACAUCCUCCUGUACGUCGUGGUUCCGACCCGCCGCUCCACGGCUGAAGCUCUGCAGAUUGUCGUCUCUCACCUGCUGGGAGACGCUGGGAGUCCCUACAUGAUUGGAGUGCUCUCCGACUCUCUGAGGAGGUCCGACUCGUUCCUGUGGCGGUUCCGCUCCCUGCAGCUCUCUCUGCUGCUCUGCGCCUUCGUGGCCGUGGUGGGCGGGGCUUUCUUCCUCGCCACCGCCCUCUUCGUGGAGAGCGACCGGACCCGGGCGGAGAGCCACGUCCCCGCAGCAGACGAGCCCAUCGUGGUUCCGAAGAGCGGGCGGUCCGCUCGCGUGCCGGUGUCCAGCGUCCUGAUUUGAAGCCCCGCCCCCUGCGCCUGAUUGGCCCGUCCUUCAGAGAAGCCGCUUCAUUGGCUGAGACGGAACCAGGGAGCGGUCCGGCCGACCCGUUUGGAGCGGCAUCCAGAACCAUGUAGCUCUGUUUUAUAACGUCAAUAAUGACGUUACUCUCCUGAUGAAGAAGUUCUGACCCGGUUCCAGAUGUUUCUGGGUUUUAUUAUUUAAAAUUUGCUUUUAAUUCAUCUUUGAUUUUAACCUGAUUUUUGUUAAAAACUAAAUAAAAGUUUAUCUUUUCA